UAGAGCGAUAUAUCCCUCCUUGUAAAAUUGAAUUGUUAAGCCACGACUAGUCGCUAAUUAUUAGUACGCAUGCAUAUUCCAUGUAUGUGUAAAUUCCCAUGCUAUUUCGGAUAUAUGUAGUAUAUUUCUCAAAAUACCUGGUGAGGUAGUGUUCUACUUUUUGGGAAACUACAAGGGAAAAAGGUUUAUUUAAGCAAAAUGUCGGAGUCGACAGGCUUCGACAAUAUUUUAAGUCUGGUGGGAGAUUUUGGUCGUUUCCAAGCAGUCCUAUUAAUUUUAUUUUCUAUAAUUAACAUUUUGUCAUCAUUUCACUACUUCGGUCAGACGAUCAUAAGUGUAAUUCCCACUGUAACGUGCAAUGUUAGUUCAUUAAAAAAUGUCAGUGAGCUUGUUGGAGUCGGCAAGUGUUCCAUUAAAUUAUUGCACGAUGGAACCGUACUUGAACAACCAUGCACCACCGGAUAUAAUUUUGAUACAAAAAAUAUAAUGGGAUUCGUGGGGAUCAUUCAGGAUUUAAAAUGGGUGUGCUCCGAUGAAUGGAAGUCGUCUUUGGGACAGUCGGUAUUUUUUCUUGGGUCAGUGAUUGGUACCUUAUAUUUGGGAUACUUAUCCGAUAAAAUUGGAAGAGUCGCCGUUCUCAUAUGGGCAAAUUUACUCGUAAUAGCAGGAACGGCUGUUACCUUAAUGAGUCAAAACUUAACUAUAUUUGCAAUUGGACGAUUUUUGGCAGGGUCAGCCACAGAUUCCAAUUUUGUGAUGAUGUACAUCAUAGUUUUGGAGUAUAUGCGACCAUCCUUAAGAACCAUUGGAUUAAAUUUAUGCAUUGGUAUAUUCUACACACUCGCUUGUAUGGUGGUACCUUGGGUAGCAGUCCUCCUUGGUACAUGGAAAUCUUUUCUUAUUUUCAUCGCUGUUCUCCACACUGUUAUUAUUAUUUAUUACUACGUCGUACCUGAGAGUGCUCAAUGGCUCAUAAGUAAAGGAAAAACGGAUGAAGCAGUAGCUUGUUUCAAAAGGAUCGCCAAAUUUAAUGGCAAAAUUGUAUCAAGCAAUAUUGAAGAUGAGAUAAAAUCAUAUGGUAACCAACUAACAAGAAGUCAUAACACAGAAAAUGUCAUAGGGCUUUUGCGUACUCCAAAUUUAAGGAAAAAAACCUUAAUACUUGUCUUCAAAUCAAUGGUUAUGACGUUAGGCUACGAUACGAUAUCGAGGAACGUCAAUGGAAUAGGAUAUUCGCCUUUUGUGGUUUUCACAUUAGGCUCCUCCACCAUUUUUCCCGCUUGUAUAUUGAUCACGACCCUGCAGGACAAAAUAGGUAGAAAGGCUUUGGCAAGUGGUUCCUUGUUUGUCAGCGCGCUCUGUAUGUUCGGUUCUAGUAUGGCCCAAAUUUUUCUGGUCGAUCCAACACCGACACUCAUUUUAAUAUUAUCUAUAAUAGCACGUUUAUCGAUAAAUAUUACUUAUAAUUCAGGAGCUCAGUAUGCUGUUGAAUUAAUCCCAACUGUCGUAAGGGGACAAGGUGUUUCGUUUAUACAUGUGGUGGGUUAUGGAGCCAGUUUCUUCAGCCCAUACAUUUUGUAUAUGACUAACUUUUGGAAGCCAAGUCCGGAAGUUAUUCUCGCCGCUUUGCUCAUUAUGGGUGCCAUAGCUUGUCUCUUCCUGCCAGAGACAUUAAACAGAACUCUUCCCGUUUCGCUGCAGGAUGGUGAAAACUUCGGUGAAGGUGAGAAAUGGUUUCACUUUGAUUUUGGUAAUAAAAAAUUAACUUCGAGUACAACGGCAUUAAAUCCUGGUUUGUGUGGUAGUUCAUAUAUGUAGUUAGUGUACUAUUAUAAAAUUUUGUGAACAGUUAAAAUAAAACUGAAAUAAGUAAAAUAUGGUAAUCAAAGGGGUUAAUUUAUUCUGUUUUAUUUUUACUGUUUAUGUAACUCCAUUGUCUUCUGUGAUUAUAGCCAAUAAAUAUUUACAUUAUUUAAAUGAUUAAAUUAAAAAUGUUAAACAACAUUAAAAAUUAGAUUUUCUUUUGUGUCUGUGAUAUUACAUAACAUUUUCCCUAAUUUUAAUCUGGCGAAAUCAAAAAUGAAAUUUUCUACAAAAUAAAUUGAAAAAAUAGUUUUAAUCAAGCUAUAGUUGCUAUAAAAAUUUUAAAUUAAUAUUUUUUUCUGUUCUCCAUAAACUUAUAAAAAGUUAGGUGAAUUAUCUUGUAUAAUAAAUAGGGAAUAAUAAAACAAUAUAGAAAUUUAAAAAUGUUUAUUUAAAAUAAAUAUUCAUAAAGUUAGGUAUUCUAUGUGAUUUGAAAAUAUUAGCAGACUAGAAAGGAAACAGUAAAGACAAAGUCAGCUAGACUAGUACGUCUAUUAUUAACAUUUUGAAACUGUCAUGUAAAUAUAAUUAAUAACAAUAAAAAGUACAACAAGUAUUGCCAUA